AUGUCUCCAAUUAGCACAAAUGACCUCCACAGGAUCUUCACAAACCUCGACAAAGACAACAACGGACUAAUCGGCAUUCACGAGCUUCACCGUCUCCUCGACACGAUCGAAAUCCAAGCAAGCCUUAACGAGCUCGAAAAGCUCGUGGGUCACACGAGUCUCGGCUAUAUCGAGUUCUUGUUCUUUUACGAGAUAAUGAUUGCCAAAGCCAAUAAAGAUUUAGGAAAAGACGACGAUAUGGAAGACGAUCUUUUGAAGGCGUUUAAGGUUUUCGACACGAAUGGAGAUGGAUUCAUAUCGUCCGAGGAACUCGAAAGCAUGCUCACGAGAAUGGGAUUGUGGGACAAGCAAAGUGGAGGGGACUGUAAGGAGAUGAUCGAUGCCUACGAUGAGAAUUCGGAUGGAAUGUUGGAUUUUGAGGAGUGUAAGAAUAUGAUGUUUGCUUCUCAAGAUUGUUAA